AUGGCUUCCAGAGCUUUCUCUGCACAUUUUCGAGUCUGUGAGCCAUAUACCGAUUACAAAGGCCGUUCCCACUUUGGAUUCCAUUGUCCCCGACUGUCGGACAACAAAUCGUACAUCUUUUGCUGUCACCACAACAACACCGUCUUUAAAUAUUGCUGUAAUGAAACAGAGUUUCAGACUGUUAUGCAGAUGAACCUAACGGGCAGCACGGAUGGAUACAUGCAUAACAAUUACAGUGCACUGUUAGGAGUUUGGGUCUAUGGGUUUUUCAUUGUUGUCUUGCUGGUUCUGGACCUUUUAUAUUACUCCUCCAUGAACUACGACAUUUGCAAAGUUUACAUGGCAAGAUGGGGAAUCCAGGGGAAAUGGAUGAAACCGGAAACAAGCCGGUGGAUUAAACCAACUCAGGACUCAAGGCAAGUAGAGACUCAGACGCAUUCUCAGCCUGCCUCUCAACCAUCCCAGGCUGUCCACACCUUAAAAGGAGAAGCUUUAACUCCGCCACUGAUGUCUUUCCCGAGCUCAACUGCCUGAAAAGAGAAUAUUUUGACGUGCCUCAAGAUGGAAGAGGUAACAUUACAGCCCAGAAGUAACAGCUUUAUCUGAAAAGCACAAUGGGAAGUUGUUGAACGAUGAGGAGAAUGAGUCGAAGGAGAUGGGUUAUUCGAAUCUCCCUUAUGGCAAGUGAAGGUAUCCAGAAAUCAAGGUGAGGCCAUGUUACUUAAAUGAUAUCUUGGAAGCCCAAGACAUCCGUCCUGAAAGAAGAGAGAAUUUGAGGGGAAACCAUGGAAAUCCAACCUAGGAUGAAAAUAUACUACAACACCAACUUAUUUUUCUUCCCCACUCAUGAAAUCUCAUUUGAGCCACCUCGUAUGGAUCAGAACAAGAAUGUGACUUUUUCCCAAAAUGUUCUCCAGUGAAUAUUGUCACAAUAGGCCAGAUGUGGAUUGUCUUAAUCACUUUGUCCUCAUGAUUUUCCCCCUUGGGGAGACAGAGGAGAGAAAAGCUAUAAUUUGAAAUGGGAAAGUAUCGUUUUAAUGGGUGGAAAAGUAGCAACCUCACAUUUCAGUUUCUGAGCACACCAAAGUGGCCUCUCUUACCUGUGUAGAUGGGGCAUUGGGAGAAGAGCAUCUCUUCUCCUGGGCCCCAAUUGGAGAGAAAAAAAAUUGAAGAAAAAUGGAAACACUUGUAAUAAGCGAAAGCAAUAAAACAGCUGCUACCUGUCCAAUCAGGCCAUUAUCUCAUUUGUUCAUGUAAACUAACCUUUUGCCUCCUGGCUAAUCUUAAUACUUAUUAAUAAUCCCUCAGGAACCUACUGAUGUUCUUGUGAAGAGGACGAUGGGGAUUCCUUGGUUAAGGUUCAGGAUUGGGGGCAAGCUUUGUGCAUUCUGAAAUAACUUGACCAAGACAAGGAAUAUCACCUGAAGAAGGAACAUAGCUGACGGUUAGUUGUUACAAAAUUCCAUUAGGCGCCGCCAUUUCUAUAAGAGCAAUUUUAACAACUCUCGGAAAAUCCGUUCCGUUUAGCAGAUUAUUGCUAGGUUUCCCCCCCCCCCCCCUGGAAAUAUUUUUUUCCAUCCUUAUCAGCCUUUUUCUGAAAACGCUGACCAUUUUUCCACAGAAUAGCUGAUGGAAAAGGAACACAGAACUAGAAUUACACACAUACAUACAUUGUAUACUUUGGGUAGCUCCAAGAAAGAAUGUAAAAAGAAUGUAAAAUUAUUUUCACAGAGACAAUCUUGCCUUGAACUCCAAGAUUCCUCCUUAAAAAGUGAACAUCAGAAUGUUAAUGCUGCUCCUUGUCGGGCAGCAGUCCUGCCUUCCUGCUGAAACAGCCUGUUCAGAUUAUCUUACUUCUCCAUUCCUUGCAAGGAUCCUGAAAUAGAAUA